UGUCCUGCUCUCUUUUCCAGCAGGGAAAUUAUUUUGUCAUCCACACAUGGAGAUAAUGGAUUACCAGCUGGAGUUUUCAGCAACCCAAAUUCCCUCUUCCUUUUGGAUGGGCGUGUCCAACUUUCUCUGGGCUUGCAAACUCAAGAGAGGCAUUUGUUCCUCUUCAGCAACAUGCUAAUUGUGGCCAAAUCCAAGUCUUCUUCUAGCUUGAAACUGAAGAAGAAAGUCCACCUGAGUGAAGUAUGGACCGGAUCCUGCCUUAGUGAAGUGUCAGAGAAGAAAAUGAGUCCAGACACCUCUUUUGUGAUUGGCUGGCCGACUGUGAAUUAUGUCGUCACUUUCAGCUCUUCGGAAGUGAAGGAAAGAUGGCUGUCCAUGCUGCUCUGGCACAUCUAUGAAAUGAAGCAGACUGAGUACGCCAGAACUUUGCCCAUGCAGAUUUUGGUGAUGGACAAGGAGAAAAGCUCUUCUAACACCACAUUAAGCAUCUCCAACAUGGAAACUGCUGACAAUAUUAUCAAAAAGGCCACAGAAAAUUUGGGGGUUCCUGGUAGACCAAGUGACUAUCACCUCUGGGUCAUUUCAGGAAGGGACAAUCCUGCAUACCCUCUGAUUGGACAUGAGCAUCCCUUCAGUAUCAUCCUGGGUUGCCUCCGAGGCUCCGUGGACCAGUGGCCAGGCCCCAGCAACGGCCUGCUGCUUCCCGAGGAGCAGGAAACAUCACGGCUGGAGCAGCUGCCCAGGAACCGGCAGUGCCACUUCAUCCUGAAGCCCAAGCCCCAGGUUCCAGGGCAGUUGCGGAGAGCCCCUUUGCAGAAGCAUUUCAAGCGCAAGAAGUCUCUGAUCGACUGGGCUCUUCGGCGGAGCGUCAGCACCCCGACGGGCAGUCCUGCCUCUCAGUCCCCAACCAACCCCCGAAAACUCUUCGGCUUGUCCUUAACAUCCGUCUGUCCUGAGGGGACUCUUCCCAAGCCCAUCAUGGACAUUUUGUAUCUGCUCUACCAUGAAGGUCCUUCCACCCAGGGCAUCUUCCGGCGCUCCGCCAAUGCCAAGAAUUGCAAGGAGCUGAAAGAAAAGCUCAACUCGGGCAACGAGGUCCGAGUGGACGGUGAAUCUGUCUUCGUGGCGGCAGCGAUCCUUACGGACUUUCUGCGAAAUAUACCCGACAGCGUUCUGUCCUCAGACAUGCACAAUCUAUGGAUGGAAGCCAUGGAUAAGGAAAGCCGAGCACACAAGACGGAAGCCAUCCAGAGCUUAGUGAAGCAGCUUCCGGAGGCCAACCUCCUUUUGCUCAAGCACCUGUUUGGGGUCUUGCACCAUAUCGAGCAGAAUGCGGGGGAGAAUCAGAUGAAUGCCUCCAACCUGGCUCUUUGCAUCGCCCCCAACAUGCUGUGGCUUCCCAGCCCCACUGGACCCGAGGAGGAGAGCAAGUCGGCCAAGAAGGUGGCCAUGUUGGUGCAAUUCCUCAUUGAAAACUCCUCUGAAAUUUUUGGAGGGGACAUCGCUUCCCUGUUCCAAAGGACAGAGAAGAAGAAGUCCCGAAGUGUGGAUGACUUGCUAGUUCAGCACAACGAUUCCUCGGAUGAGAUGGACGACACAGCCCCUUACCAAGAAAGAGGCCAGCAACAUUAUGGGCUGGAAGGAGACGAUGGCCUGUUCAGCCCACCCGCAGGGCUGAUUCUUAGCGAGGAACAAGAAGGCUGGGACUUGUUCAGCGAGAUCACGGCUUGCUACCAGAAUAAAGCCAGGAAAAACGCCAGUGCGGACAGUUACGAGCUCCUCGAAGAAGAAGAACGUUCCUUCUGCUCCCUUGGCUCGCUCGGCUCGCUCAGUCCUGCAAGGAACCGGUGCUCCUCGGAGCCCAGCGUCUGCCUGAGCUCUCCGUUCCCUGCCCAGGGCCACGAGCCGGUGGCCCGCCAAUCCAGUUGUGACGCCACCAUCAUGCAUAGCCACGGCGAUUACAUCCACAGGCUCAAGCAGUUGCAGCUGGAGAGUCAGAAGCUCAUUGAGGAAGGUCUGAGCCCCGGGCUCAGCAGAGACAGGCAAAGCUUCUGGAGGUCACCUCUGGGCAGCCGGGCAGCCAAGGAGAUCAACCCUCAGAGAACAAGCCUGUCCAACCGGUCCAGCUUCUCCAGCCUGUCUUCCACCACCACGUCUCCCUCAGCCUCCUCUUUAAGCUCCCUAGACAGUGCCUUCUCCUAUUGCUCGGAGUCCUCCGCCUUCAGCCCCAUGGAUGUCUCCAGCCUACCCUUCAUGUUUGGUACUUCCACCAGGCUCCAUACUUUGUCCACCAAAGAGCUCAAGAAGCCCCUGAAAGGAUGGCACAAGCCCUUUACUCCUCCUUUGCCCCGAGGCCCUGGCAAUAUGGACGCUUGCCCUGAGAGGCAAGUGGAGGACCAAGAGAAGAGCCACAGCGGGGGCGAGGGGCAGGUUUUCAUGCCCCUUAGGACGACUGGAAAUCUAGGAAACGAGGACAACUUGGACGGAAACCAGCAGGAGUCGCCAAUCACCACAAUGCCCUCUCUGGUUCUUGGAAGACACGGUUCUGAAGACGCCGACCGCAGGCACCCUGUUCCUGAGGCUUCUGCUCCCGUGAACCAGUAUGUACGGAGGGAGAAAUCUGUGAAGCACUUAGUGGUCCGAUGUGCAGAACCUGCUCUUCACAGUCAAGAGAGUUUGAAGCGCACCAAGAUCACAGUGUACAUGGCCCCGAAAGAGCGAAGUCCGAGGGAUUCCCCCGUGGCACCAGAGGAAGCCAUCGGAACUGUGAGCCACCAGGGGACCAGCUCAGGUGGGAAACACGGUAGCAGAGAAGGCACUUCCAAGAGCCUACAAACUGUACGAGUUCAUAUUCCCCAGACAGUCUUUUAUGGACAAAACACUCCUUUGGUACUCCAUUCCAUUUCAAGGAGGUACCACCAAGGAUCUGUGGGCCGCUUGCCCCAGGAGAAGGUGCCCCAAAGAGCGGAAGACGCGGGGCAGCUGCCGAUGCAUCCGGAAGGGAAGCCCAGCCAGGAUGGUGGGGGCACUUUCCACGUCUUUCUCCCAGCUUCCAUUCGCAACACAGUCCGGGGAUACUUCAGCCAGGACAAUCCCAAAGACUUUGGCCCCACAGGAGCAGAAAUGGUGGAGAAGGAACUGAUCCGGAGCAGAGUUGAGUGGCUUAGGAGCCAGUCCUGCCCCAGCGCCCAAGCUGAGGAGCACAACAGCUUCUGCCUGUUGGCAGAGGAGACCUUUGUUUAAGAGCCCACACCUAGCCGGAGGGAGGGAGGGUCUCCUGUAAAGCAGGAAGGGGUGGGAAGCAUCUCCCAGAUGCCUCAGCUGGCCUCAUGCAGGACCUUCAACCAGCGGGAGCGUUUUUUUCCCAAGCUUGCCCUUUUCCUGCCCAGGACAAAGAACAGGCAGCGUUUGUCUAGCACAAUUUCCAGUGUGUUGCUUGUAGCUGAAGCGGUUGUACAUUUUCCAGCAUCACCUCAUGGAGAGAUGAGAAGGAAGGAAGGAAGGAAGGAAGGA